GCGCCGCCGCUCCGCGCCUCUCGCCGGAGCAGGGUUUCGGAGCGAAACCAAAGCGAAAGGGCAGGGGCCGGAGCGGCGUGUGGGCGGCAGCGGGGCCUGGGGGCGGCCCGGCACAAGGACACCCAUCCCCGCCUGCAGCGGGGGGGGCCCGGCCGGGCCGCUCCCCACCUGCCCUGCCAAGGGAUGCCCGGGGUAGCGGGGGGAAAGGGGCACACGAACCCUGACCGCCGAAGGCAGGGGCGGCCUGAUCCAGCGGGGCCCUCCGGGAUGCGCCGUCUCUGCCAACCGCAGCGUGGGCUUUUGUGGCGGCCUGCGGGGGCGAGGCGGGCUGCGGGCGCUCCGGCUUCCCCCUGGCCGCAGGCAGCCUUGGUGUGGGUGUGCGGGAGCCUGGCUGGCUGCCCGCCCCGGGGCUGAGGGCCCCCCCCGGAGGAGGGGCCAGCGAUCGCUGUUGCUGCCCGUGCUGUGGCGGCGGUGUGCUGGGGUGAAGCCGCCGAGCGGAGCCGGGGGUCAGCUCCGUGCGCCUGCCCGUGUGUGUCUGCUGUGUGUGCAGGGAUCGCGCUCCACUGCGGCGGGGAGGGAGGGAAGGAGGGAGGGAGGGAGGGAGGAGGGAGGGAAGAAGGAGGGAAGGAGGCAGGCGCACUGUGAUGAGCAGGGCCUCCAAGUCCAGCCGGCGCUGUCGUCCUGCUGCUCCCGGAGGAGCCCGGGGCGGGGGAGCGGCCGCGGCACGGAUGACUGCCUGAGCGGGGCGGCGGAGCGUCCUGCCCCCGGGGGAGGGGGCAGCGGCUCCGUGCCGGGAGCCCGGUGCUUUAUUCAUCAUCAUUGUUUGGAGAGGGGGGGGCGAGCCGGGGCGGGAAGGGAAUUUUAUUUAUUUAUGUAUUUGCCGCCCUCCCCCUUUUUGCAGGUGCCCGCUGCGUAAAGCGGCGCCUGGAAAGUUUUGUUUGCGUGCGGGCUGCGAGCGGCGGCGAUCGGUGCUGGGAUGCGGGGCGCGGGGCCCGGCUGCCCGCUGCUUCCCGCCGCGCAGCGGCUGCCGCGGCCCGGGCUGGCCUAGGCGCCCCCUGGGAGCGCCGAGUGCGGGCAUUAAACCCCCCGCCCUCCUCCGCCCCUCCCUCCCUCCCUCGCUCUCUCGCUCCCUCCCUCCCUCUCCCCGGUGCGCGGCCAUUGCAGUGACCCCGGCCGGCCAAGGAUGAUCACGAACACGCGGGGCUUCCUGUGGUCGGACCUGGAGACGCGGGCGCUGCUGGAGAUUUGGGGCGAGGCAGACGUGCAGUCGGCGCUGGACGGCAACUUUCGGAACAGCCAUGUGUACCGGGACGUGGCCUGCCGCUUGGCUGAGCUGGGCUUCGAGCGCACCCCCGAGCAGUGCCGCAUCCGCAUCAAGGGCCUCAAGCGCCAGUACUACCAGGCCCGGGACGGGCUGAAGAAGAACGGGCACGCCCGCAAGAUAUGCAAGUACUACGACGAGAUGGACCGGAUCCUCAGCUGCCGGGGGGGGCCCGACGGCGCCCCGGAGCCGCUGGCCCCGCCACCCGACGGCGCCCAGCCGGCGGCAUCGCUGGCCGGGCCGCCCACGCCGGGCACGCCGCACAACAGCCGGGAGGUCGACGCCGAGCUGGAAGAGGACGCCGAGCUGGAGUCCCCCCGCGACAACUUCACCGAGGACUCCGGGGAGUGUUCCUCCUACGCUGACCACCCGAUCAAGGUGGAGUGCCCCCCCUUCGCCAUUCCCGUGCCGCCGGGCGACGGCUUUAAAGAAAUCAAUGCUCCAACUAUUACCCCACCGCUCAGUCAGCCCAAAAGGUCAAAAAAACGCCAUGCAAAUUUAACAUUGGAUAAAAUGAUGGAAAAAUUCCUGCAGCAGAGUGUGGAUACAGAAGAGAAAUUUUACAGAUACGAAGAGCAGAGGCUCAAAAUUGAGGACAAGCGUCGGGAAGCUGAGCAUGCUCGAGAGCUACAAAUGUUACAGAUGUUGGGACAGAUGUUGGCAGGAAUUUCUUCUACGGUAUCACAAAGGUCACAGUCUAUACCAUCAAGUCCACCUCAGAGAGCGAACCAUCGUUCGUAUGGGGAUAACUUUAAUUAUAAUGCUAUGACAGCAGCACUUUCUCCACCGAUAGUUAUAGAGAGAUCUUUUUCACUGCACAGAACACACUCUCUAAAGGACAUGGAGAAUAUUUUUCAGCUGGUACGCAAUGUUAUCCCUCCUCUAACAGGGAAAAGGCAUAAAGGUCAAGAUGGACGUAUAGGCAUUGUUGGAGGAUGUCGAGAAUACACUGGAGCACCGUAUUUUGCUGCAAUUACAGCUCUCAAAGUGGGUGCAGAUUUAUCCCAUGUGUUUUGUACCAAAGAUGCAGCAACAGUAAUCAAAUCGUAUAGUCCAGAGCUGAUUGUUCAUCCAGUUCUUGAUAGUCCCAAUGCUGUCCACGAGGUGGAAAAGUGGUUGCCACGACUGCACUCAGUUGUCAUAGGACCUGGCUUAGGUAGAGAUGAAGUUCUACUUGAGAACGCUAAGGCUAUUAUAGAAAAAUCGAAGGUGAAAGGAAUUCCUAUCAUUAUUGAUGCUGAUGGCCUGUGGCUCAUUUCCCAGCAGCCUUCUCUUAUUCAAGGCUACCAACGAGCUAUUCUUACUCCAAACUAUAUGGAGUUUAGUAGACUUUAUGAAGCCAUGUACUUGUGUGCAGUCAUGAAGGAAGCAGCCGGAGAUGUGGUGGACAGGGGGACCUGCUUUCUGGUUCUCUUGGAGUCUUAGCACACUGGGCAUUUCUUGCUGGAGCAGAAAAAACAAAU